AUGGUUGUCGAUGAUCCAAUCUGCGCGUGCUGCGGCAAUCACGGCACCCGAGUCUGUGGUGGUUGUCGUCUGGUUUUGUACUGCAGCGGCGAAUGCCAAAAAGCACACUGGCAAGAUCACAAGAAGUACUGCAGAUCACCACUGAUCAAGAGUGACUGGGAGCCGGGUUGGAUUCGCGAGGGCCGUGUUCCAACAUUCGUUGUGCCGACCGAACAAGCCGGACAGGAGCCUUUUGGAGGCAAGAAAUUCUUUUGGGGAAACGUACCAGCAUUCGACAUCGUAAAUCUCCCAGGUAACGAGGGCAAGAAUUUUGCUGGGAAUUUGCGCCUUCUGUUUGCAGCUUCUGGAGACCUGCGGAACGUCUUUCUGACUCUAGCAUCCCUUCCCUCAUCGUACUCAGGUACGGUGACUGCGACAGUCAAUGAUCUUGAUUUCGAGGUCGUUGCUCGAAAUGUCAUCAUGUUGCUUAUUAUGUUAAGCGCUGAGAACAAUACACUGGCCACUCAGAGCAUCAUUCACCUGUGGUACUCUGCCUUCCUACGUCAAAAGGAUAUGGACUUCCUCCAAUUGAAGAUCCGACCUCUGCUUCAAGACGUUGUAAACAAGAUCUCAGGCAAGGCUCCCAGUACCCUUUGCGGUAAGACUUGGAAAUGGCGCAAGUGUUCACUGCGUGUUGAAUUGACGCAAGCACGUUGGAAUCAGCUUCUCAACUUCCUCGAUGUUCCGAUUGGACUGUCUACGGCAAAAGCACAUCAGGAGCGAAAAGCUGUAACUUUGGCCAAUGGUCGCACAGAUUACCUUGAGCGCCGUCUCCUCUGCCAUCGACCGGCGCAUCGGGUUGUCGACGUGAGAUAUAGAGACGACGGUGUUCUCGCACCUUUUGGAUACUCUCGGAAAGAAUUCACAGUACCUAAUCCCACGUUCUUCCGAGGCACCGAAUGGCCUAUGAAAGACUCUGCAGAUCCUGCAGCAGGGUGGAGUUUACCAGAUCUGCUUCAAGUCAAUACUUACGGUGCCACAAAUGAUCUGCACGCGCAGCUCUACUUUCAUCUCCAAACCGUGCUGGACACAGUACGAUCAAGCCUGUCUCAGCUUGGGUGUUAUUUUCAGAUGCUCAACAGCAACGCCGAAGAACUUUCUCACCGCCUGAAGGGCUCCACAUUCGCACGAAUUGAGGCCGCCAACAUUGCUGACAAAGCCUAUCUCGGUGUCGCACGCACCGUCAGCAGCCUUGCUCCGUUACUGGACCCUCCACACAUAAAUCAACACGCCACAUUGAUAACGCUGUUCAUGAACGCGAUCGGUGAAGCGGACCAAACCUUUCCGGACGAUGCGUCCAGACAGGCGGACAAGAACAAGGCUCAAUCGUACGUCCUUGCGAACGGGCCUCCGAAGCCCUCCAAGUCAUUCUACUCCCCUGUUCUGAUCAAGCUCGCCUGCGGCCUGGAUCUCGUACAUGAUAUGGACAAGAGUUUCGAAAAAUACAUGAGUCUACACAGCUUCACGCGCGUCGAAGAAUUCUGUGGCGUAAGGAUGAAGCAGCAAAACACAGUCAUCGAGAAGUGGCCCAUGAGGCUGAAGUUGGCGUUUGGAGAAUCUGGUGCGCAGGACGAGUUCGACGUGCUCCUUGGAUCAUCGCACACUGGUUCAGAACGCUAUGUAGAGUGGAUUCGCAAGACUUGA